AUGAAAUCCAUCAUCAUCGCAGCCGCCGUCUCGGGUGCCCUCGCCUCCCUCAAUUGUACCGCUACGGCCGAGGUCAAGACCUACUGCUGCCCGGACACCAAGUCCGAGCUCGUCAAGACCGGUCCCGCGGGCGCCCUCAUCAUGAUGGGCUGCGCCGCCGACAACACCAAUAAGAACUGGUACUGGAACUACAACGGCCUCUACACCGCCUACUCAACCCAAUUCAAAGACUGCUAUCUCAACACCAUCCCCUUCAACGACCUCAAAGUCCUCCCCGACUGCAAGGACGACACGUACGUCCUCGACCUUACCCGCGGCAAGUCCGGGCCGCUUGACAAGUGUAACCCCAACUGCGUCAGCCAGACUAAGUUUCCCGCCAACACUUACUUUGGUGAUCGCCAAACGGAGACCAAUAUGGCGUCUGACUUUCCCCGUCCCAAUCCCAACCCGGGAUGGCCUUGGGGUCGUAGAGAACACAGGGUCUAG